GUCAAAUUCGAAAAUCACCUUGCAAAACAUUGUUCCCUAUAUUUUCAAUCAUUCAAACAUUACAUGAAUUACAUAUAAGAUAAUCUUUGAUUACAAGAUGAUAAUGAAGGCAGUGUGAUAUUACAUAAUAAUCAUAAUAAAUAAUAAUACUACAAUUAUUCCCCAAUUAAAUAUGUCGCAGCUAUAUUUGAAUAUUUUUAACAUCAGCAAACUAUUGAGGAGUAAUUCGCUAUUUAUUAAAGCCUAUAGACAAUUUAAUUAUGCGAUUCAACCCACACAUUGUACUAGAACUAAAGUAACCAAUUCAUUGAAAAAAUACUCUGCUGUUGGGAUAUGUUUGUGUGGUGGAAGUAUUGCAGCUAUUGUUGUAAGAAAUAACAGGGUAAUAUGUGAGAAGAAAACAAGAUUAGCGGGAUUCAGAGAUUCAUCAACAAAAAAUGUCCCCUUCAAUUGGAAGAAAUUAUGGAAAUAUCUGAAACCUCAUUUUAUUUAUUUUAUAGCUGCAGUAGCAGGUGCCUUAAUUGUUGCUAUCCUCAAUAUACAAAUACCUCUAGUAAUAGGAAAUAUAAUAAAUAUUGUUUCUAGAUUUGGAGAAACAAGUAAUAGUAAAUUGUUUUUUGAAGAAAUGAAAAUUCCAAGCAUCAAGAUAACUGCCAUGUAUGGAAUGCAGGCUUUUGCAACAUUUUUCUACAUUCACAUGCUGUCAAACUUAGGAGAAAAAAUGGCUUUCAAUAUGAAACGGGAUCUCUUCAAAGCAGUUUUGCAGCAAGAUGUUGGUUUCUUUGAUGAACAUAGAACUGGGGAAGUUAUCAACAGAUUAACUUCUGAUAUUCAAGAUUUCAAAAGCAGUUUCAAACAGAUAGUCUCAGGAGGUCUUAGAGCUGUCACUCAAAUCAUAGGGUGCUCAGCCUCCUUAGUUAUGAUUUCACCACAGAUGACAUUGAUUACUCUUUUAUGUGUUCCAAGCAUAAUAGCUGUAGGAACAAUAUUUGGAACAUUAUUGAGGGGUAUAUCUAUUAGAGCUCAAGUUCAGGGAGAAAAAACUACUGCUGUAGCAGACGAAGCAGUUUCUAACAUUCGAACUGUGCGUGCAUUCGCUAUGGAAGAGGAUGAGGAAUAUCUAUUUGACACUGAAGCUGCCUUAGCAAUGGACUUGAAUAUAAGUUUGGGUUUUGGAAUUGGUUGGUUUCAAGCUGGAACAAAUUUAUUUUUAAAUGGUAUGGUGUUGGGAACAAUAUACAUGGGAGGAUAUUUGUUAUCCUCAAAUCAACUAUCACCGGGAGAGCUGAUGGCUUUUUUGAUGGCUUCUCAAACAAUUCAGAGAUCUCUCGCCCAGAUUUCCUUGUUGUUUGGUUCAGUGAUAAGGGGAAUGGCAGCUGGAACAAGGGUUUUUGAGUACAUGGACGUCAAACCCAAAAUACCCCUGGUCGGUGGUAGGAUAAUACCGGAUGAUAAACUAAAAGGCAACAUUGAAUUUAGAAGUGUCAAAUUUUCUUAUCCUUCUAGACCAGAACAGGUUGUACUGAAUGACUUCAACCUGUCAAUACCAGCUGGUAAAACUGUAGCUAUAGUUGGCGCUUCUGGAAAUGGAAAAUCUACAGUUGUUGCUCUAUUGGAGAGGUUUUAUGACGUGAACGAAGGGAGUAUUACCCUGGAUGGAGAGGAAUUGAGAACAUUAGACCCAUCAUGGUUAAGAAAAAGAGCUCUGGGAUUGAUUAGUCAAGAACCAAUAUUGUUUGGAACUUCAGUUAUUGAGAAUAUUCGUUAUGGUAAACCUGGAGCAACAGAUGAAGAGGUGGUGGAAGCUGCUCGUUUAGCUAAUGCGCAUGACUUUAUUAGUAAUUUUCCUCAAGGCUAUCAGACUUUAGUAGGAGAAAGAGGUGCUACAUUAUCAGGUGGACAGAAACAAAGGAUUGCAAUAGCAAGAGCUCUAUUGAAGAACCCAACAGUAUUGUUAUUAGACGAAGCAACCAGUGCUCUUGACACAGAGUCGGAAAAAAUUGUUCAAGCAGCGUUGGAUAAAGCUCAGCAUGGUAGGACUGUUAUUGUUAUAGCCCAUAGACUCUCAACAAUUCAAAAUGCAGACAUUAUUGUUGUACUUCAUCGUGGUAAAAUAGUGGAGAUGGGUAAUCACGAACAACUGAAGAAACUGGGGGGCUACUAUUGGUCUUUAACAUAUCAGCAACAAGAAGUACCUGGCGCAUGAACAGAAUGUAAAACGAUAUAGCUAACUUAUCUUUGUGUAUUUAAAUUUUUUUUAACUUGUAACAAAUGGUGCUGUGCAAUGAAUAAAGAACUAUAUCUAUCAGAUAA